AUGAUAGAGCUUGUCGGAUUAGGUAAUAUAACUAAUGAACCUUACCCAGCAAGCAUCUACUAUGGGCAAGAAGUCCCAUUUGCAAUAUUUGUAUUUUUAUUUUCAUUAGCAUCAUUAGUGUUAUACGUCAUUGUCAUGCUGGCAUUACAUCAAGACUCGGAUUAUAAGAACCUAAUGGCUUACCAAAUAAUGUUUCACAUUGGAAUAGCUGAUUGUUUACAAUUAUUAAUCCAUUUCUCCACCGGUUUCUAUAUUCUGGAUGGACACGAGCGAUAUCGUAUCUGGGAACGCAUUAUCGGAGCUGUGAUGAACGGCAGUUGGUGCACAAUGUUGGUGUUGUCCAUUCUGCUUACUGUGAAUCGUCUUGUUAGUAUUGUCUUUCAUUUUGAAUCAAAAGUUGUUUUUUCCAAAUUCAUGCUCAAGAUAUAUCUGGGAAUUUGCUGGAUGUUCUGUAUUAUAAUCAUAAGUCUCAACUUGACUCCUUGGUGUCGCUUCUACUAUGUAGUGCCAACCUACACAUUUCAUUAUGAAGCUGGACGUUUGCUCUCAUCUACAAUUCGCCGUCUAAGUGCUAAUAUAUCAUUAGCAGAAGUUUGUAUUGGCAUAUUCUGCUAUGCUUGCAUUUUUCUGUACAUUUACUUUAAAGCGGCUAUCCUGAGCAAGAGAGAAGUGUAUUUGACGAUACAGGUUCUUCUUCUUUCUGUUUUCCACAUACUUGGCUUCUUCAUCUGGGAAUAUUGGUUUCUACCAGAUCAUCCUGUAGCAACGUUCUUCGGACACUUUGUUUGGAUGGCAUGGAAUUCCAUAUCUGCUAUACUACAUGUAGCAGUAAGUCCGCGCAUUCGUAAGAACGUUUAUCAGGUUCUGGGUAUGGAGAAAGGGUGUACUGAUUUAUCGCAGAACUCCAAACGAAUUAUGUCCGUGGUUACGACCUAA